GGGAAGGGCGGAACGCUCCCCAACGGGAGGACUACGAAUCCCAGCAAGCAGUGCAGUGAGGGCGCCGGAGGAGGAGCUCGGAGCCGUCGGGCCCCGUCGAAGCAGGCAGUGGCAGCUCCCGGCGUGGGUCACCAUGGGGAAGCGUUACUUCUGCGACUACUGUGACCGGUCCUUCCAGGACAACCUCCACAACCGCAAGAAGCACCUGAAUGGCCUGCAGCACCUGAAGGCCAAGAAGCUCUGGUACGACAUGUUCCGAGACGCAGCUGCCAUCUUGCUGGAUGAGCAGAACAAGAGGCCCUGCCGGAAGUUUCUCCUGACAGGCCAGUGCGACUUUGGCUCCAACUGCAGAUUCUCCCACAUGUCAGAGCGAGACCUGCAGGAGCUGAGCGUCCAGGUGGAGGAGGAGAGGCGGGCCAGGGAAUGGCCGCUGGACGUCACCGAGCUUCGUGAGGUCCACCUGGAGGACUGGCUGGAGAAGCGAGCCAAGCGGCUGAGCUCUGCCCCAAGCAGCAGGGCUGAGCCCGUGAGAGCCACCGUGUUCCAGUACCCCGUGGGCUGGCCGCCAGUCCAGGAGCUGCCUCCGUCCCUGCGGGCACCCCCACCUGGGGGGUGGCCCCUUCAGCCCAGCGUCCACUGGGGCUGAGCCCCUCCUCCCUGCCUGGCGAGCUCGUGAGUCGGCCACAACCAAGAGAAGGGCUCCUACGGCGCACACCGAGGCCCCCUCCCGCUGCGCCCCAUGGAGCGUGGGAAACUCAAGCCUGGGCCCCUCCGAGACCUGAGCGCCCCCUGCCCCCGCCAGGUGCAGCCCUGGUCCUGACUAGGUGCCAGGCCGCUCCAUGCCCACCCCCUCAGGGGACAUUUCAGAGGACUUCCUUCCGGAUGUUUAUAAAGAAAGUCUGUCACCACA